AUGGACGAGCGGCUACUGCUUCAGCUGGAUGAGCGCGAAGGGAAGCUGGGGAAGGUGCUGGCUCAACAAGAGAGCAUCUUGCAGCGAGCGAUUCUGGAAAGCUUUGACCAAAUGCGUCACGACUUGAAUCUGAAAGCGGUGCAAAGACUGCAUCCUGAGCCGGCUCCAGGGAGCCUCUCAGAAGAGCCGAAUGUGCUGAGCCAGCUGAAUGGCACUUGGCAGCCACAUGCCUUGGGCGAUGAUCACAUUGCUAUGUCUCCCGUUCCGAGUCUUCCGAGUGAGCAUUAUCUCUCGGAGUCCAUGGUGGUUACAUUCCCGCCAGGAGUUGAUUCGCCUGGUUCCGUAUCAACAGGACAGGUGAGCGCUCAGGCGGAUGCAGCAUCGAGAAAUUUGUCUAACGUCUUUCGAAACGUGACAGACCUCACGACCGCUCCAGAGUAUGACCAGAAUUACAUCUCGGGGCGAUGGAUCCGGUUCCUGGACUACAUUGCCGCAGCCUUUGUCGUCCUGAAUUCAAUCGCGUUAAUCUUGGAGCUCGAGCUGGAAGGAAGAGCUGCGCACAUCGACAUGAUGUCCAGUGGCCCACGUUCGACAGACCAGCUGCGGCCGUACUGGCGCGCCGUGGAUGGCACUUUCGAUGCUGUCUUCCUCUUCGAGCUCCUUUGUCGAGUGGCGGUGGAAAGAGGCAGCUUUCGGCACAGCUUCGCAAACCUGUACGAUUGCUUGCUGGGCAUGUUUGCAGCCAUCGAUCUGUUCGUCGUGCUGCUGCAAGAGGCAGACCGUAGCAACCUGGGCACCGUUCCACGCAACGUUUUGCGAGCUAUCAGCUCUUUGCGAGCAUUGCGCCUUCUUCGUGUGUUGCGGCUGUGCAAUGGCCUUCAAGUCCUUCUGAAAGCUUGUCAAUCCUUUGCAUCUUCGCUGUGUUGGUCAAUGGUGCUACUGCUGAUCUUCAUCAUUGUGGGCGCCCUCGUCAUCGGGAACAUCCUACAGGAUUUCAUUCAAGAUCAGUCAGCGAAUCUGGACGACAGGCAGUGGGUCUGGCAUCACUACGGUACAGCUUAUCGCUCCUGGCUCACCCUGUACGAGGUGACAUUUGCUGGCAGCUGGCCGACGAGAACACGCCCGGUUUUGGACAAGGUCAGCCAGGGCUUUGCCAUCUUCUUCGUACUUUACAUCACGGUGAUUGCCUUUGCGCUGAUUCGCAUCAUCACUGCCAUCUUUCUCAAAGACACGCUCGAUGCCGCCAACAAUGACGCCGAAUUGCAAAUCAUGGAGAACAUGACACGGCGGGAAAAGUUCGUGCGCCACUUGCAAGGGAUCUUUCGGGCAAUCGACGACACAGGAGAUGGCAUGAUCACCCAGGAGCGACUAGAAAAAGUCCUCUCCAAUCCGAAGGUCAGGGCAUACUUCCAGACCUUGGACUUGGACAUAACGGAGAGCACGGCCCUGUUCCAUUUGCUGGAUGAUGGUGAUGGUGAAGUAACGCUUCACGAGUUUAUCUCUGGCAUCCUGAGAUGCAAAGGCCACGCACGUGCGAUAGACCAGGUGGCUUUGCACACAGACAUCAAGAUGUUGGACAAGAAGGUUUCCAGAUUGGGGGAGGCAUUGCUUUCUCGUUCUGGCCGCAGAUCCGAUGUCGCAUCAGCACGCCAUCGGCGAGACAGCCAUGCAGAACUACUCUGCAUGUUCAGUACCAAGAGCACCAGCAAGGAGCUCACGCUCUGA